AAGCUGAUUGGCUGCACGGCUGGUCACAUGCGCGAGGAACUGUGAAAGACUUGGAGUGGCGCGGAGCGGGUGUGAUGGCGUCUUAUCGAGAUCAAUCCAGUAAGCUCGUCCUGAUGGAGACCGUGUCCCUCCUGCGGAAGCAGUAUCGCACAGAUGCCGGCCAGAAGCAAUGCGGAGAAGUCACAGAUCAAAUGAUCGCACAUGAAGAUAGAUGCGCUGCGGUGGCCAAUGAUACAUAUCGCCGUUUGGUGGGCGACUCUGAACAUUUCAAGCACAGGAGUAACCUGGCGGCAUUCAUCCUGCAGAGAGAUGUUGUGAGUGAAGAGGAGGUCGGUGACGUCUAUGAGGUGGUGGCGCUGGGAACUGGUGCUACCUGGUAUCAGGGAUGGCAGGACUAUCAUGGGCUUCUGGUUCACGAUUGCCAUGCAGUGGUUAUAGCAAGGAGGGCGUUGCUGAGAUAUUUGUAUAAAGAAGUCGCCCUGUACUACAGUAAGGUUCCUGGGGCCAGUGAGAAAAGCAUUUUCCGUCCUACCCAGCAGACACAGUCCCUGGUACUGAAACCGAACACUUUUUUUCAUCUCUACUUGAGUCGAGUCCCAGAGGAAGCCACACAGAGCGGCCUUUCUAGGCGAGAGCAGACGGGUGUGCACCUGAGUAUCCACGCUAAGGGCUCGACGCGUCCAGUGUCUGAGUGUCCUCCCAGUAUAUUAAACACCCACGUCUGCUGUAUGUCCGUUACAGACAAGCUGCUUAAGUGGAGUGCACUUGGGGUCCAGGGAGCUUUGCUAAGUCAAUUUGUGGACCCUCUGUACAUAACUAGCAUCAUCACAGGGAGCAGAAGGCAUCAGAUGGAAGCUUUAAGCCAGGCCCUGGAUCGGCUGCAUCCUCCCUUGGACAUGACAUUGUUUCGACCCUAUUCUGUGUGCUCCCCAUACUUGCUGAUUGUACCAGAAAUCAAUAGCAAUCGUCCUGCACCCAUUCACCCCUCUCACAGCCUCAACUGGACAAAGGGAGACAAGAAUGUGGAAAUUAUCGAUGCCACGACUGGCCAAACAGUGGAAAAGUGA